UGGGAAGGCUUCAUGGAGAUGGCUCUGGCCAAUUUGAUGUCGAGCAGUACCAAAAACCGCAUAUCGUUUCUGAAGCAGAGAAUUUCUGUGGUGUCCCAGCAACCUGAACUGGACAGUCAGCGUGCCUCAGACAUUUUCGAUCUCUUGAUAGUCACAUACCCACGUUAUAUUGAUGCAGCAUCUAGAAACUCGGUUUUGGAGGUUCUCUCUUCACUGGUUAAACGUGACGCCGCAUUGUCUGGGAUCAAAGCUCUGUGUCUGGAAUUCUUGACUAUGUUACGAGAUGGUUGGAAUUGGAAACGACGCGACUCUGCUCGCAACUAUCCAUGAAUUCGUCACAUUGCGGCGACAAGUUCGUUUUGCUAACAUGGGCUUGUCGUGUGCUUUUGUCCGCGCUGGAUGCUUCUCCGUCUUUUGCCCGAUCAAGUCAAUGGCACUCCGUCAUUGCAACCUUAAGCAUCCUCUUCGACUCCGUCUGCGGAACGGCUUCUAGGCGGUCUCUAUCCCGUAGCGCCAAUGCAAAUGUAUGGCGAGUAUUUCGCAAGCACAAAGCGGUGGUACCUGGCACUGUGGCAUCAUUGUUGGAAAUCUCCAAGACGUCUAUGUUUCCAGCGAGAUUCGUUCCUCUUAUUGGCUCCGCAAUUGACAUUCUGUGUCGUUCGAAACCUUCCAAAAACUCAGAGCUCCCAAAUACCUGGAUCUCGAAGUUGAAGCCGGACAUUAUCACAUAUCAUACACAGGUGAUUCUCAUGUCUAGGUCCAUCCUUCCGUCCCACGCAAAGGACGCUCUUAAUGAAUUCGUAAGUCAUGCCAUAACUGCGACAGACUUGGGACUUGUGUACCUCCCAACCAUCGAAAAAGCUCUGUUGCGCUCGCCGGAAAUAUCAAUCUCAGUUGCAAAUGCUAUACUCUCUUCCUAUUCCGGAGAAUGGUCCGACACUAUUCUCAAACGGCUCCAGGCAUCCAUUGCCGGCUGCGCUAAGUCUGGAAACGGCAUUGUACGGUCUGGGGCAGUAGAAAUGGCAAAGAUCAUAUUGAACUCUCAGCCUCAGACACAUCCUAUCCAUUCCUUCUUUGCCAGCGAGCUUUUGACAUUGCCAAAGCACGGUAAGACUGCAAGUGCAGAACACAGGGCCACCCUCUAUGCCAUUCUUGGACACAUAAAACCCAGUGCUUCCGUAUCCGCGGAACUCGUUAACACUGUGCCAUCAUUACUCUCCAAAGAGAUUAAUGAGACUGCGGCUGCGUUCUUAAGAAUAUCGCUUGCUACUCACCUCACCCAUUGCAUGAUAUGGGGGACAGGAUUGCUACCGGAUGCAUCGUCAGUCAUUGUGAAGGAAUGCGCGAGCUCCAAGAUGUUACAAAGGCGGUCAUUUUUACUGGCAGUUGCGGAAUGCUUCUGGCUUCUGGGUGACAAACUGGAGAAAGAGCCUAAAUUCUCCGUGCCGGAGCCAACGCUUAAGUUUGGAGCAGCUUUACUUCCAAUCUUGGAAUCUAAUCUUAAAGCCACUGUGGCAAGCCCUAUGAAUACAACGAUUGGGCCCAUCGAAGGUUAUAUCGCUCUUGCAGUAGUCCUGCGACGUGGAAGUCCCCUGUCAGCAGGUAGUCAGUGUAACUUAUCAUUGAGAAGUGAUGCUUACGAUGGCGUAGGAACUAGCAGGAUAUUGCAGAUACUGGGUUUGGGAGGCUCGAAAACAUCUUUUCUGCUGUCAGACAAGGUGUAUGGCAAAUUGUCAGCGGCUGCAGAUGAGAUUUGGGGUCUCCGAUCUCUCUCUACUACUAUUCUUCAAAUUCAAGACGAUCUUGAGACGAGUGCUAAUCUAAGAUUGUUGUGCGGGCAAGAAUUGCUCCAUCACACGGUGUUCAGCAAAGAUUCGGAGACGAGAAAGUUGGGCAUCGCAAUCAUUGGAGAACUUAAUCACCGAGCUCCAGAGCUUGUGCAUCGCAUGAUUCGUGAGGCCCUCAUUGAGCAAUUCCAAAGGCCUUUUGCAGCGGCAGAUGAUAGUAUUACCCAGUCAUCAACGUACUUGAAAAUGGGUUAUUUCUCAGCAGUCCUGCUGGCUUUGGUAGACUUCAACCCAACCUACUCGGUUGAUAUGCGACAGGAUCGUUUGGCCGAAUUAUUCGUCAUCUCUCAUCAUCACUUGCUGACAACCACUACGCGUGCUCUGUGGAUCGAAGCGAUUCAGGCUUCCGGCGUUGAUCCCAAGGGUUUGGUAGUCAAAAAGAGGGAGGCCCUAAUCUCAGCUGUAGUGGAAGCUGCCUCAGUCCCAUAUUUGAGUAAUGCUGCAUUUGAUGCUGCGGCGACAAUAGCAUUUAUAGCCCCUGAUUCCAUUAUCUCCCAACUUGCGGAACAGAUCAAUAAAGACUUAAAUCCCGAGAGCCUUUUGGGAAUAGGGGAGUUUGAGCUUGGCGUGUGGAGUACUCCCGAGGGUUCUACUUUUAUAGACGUUCUCAACGCUAAGAAGCGUGUCACAACUGCAAAGGGCAAAAAUCACGAGAUUGAAAAAUGGGAAGAGGAAGUAAAAAAGGCCAUUGCCGCUAAAAAGGCGAAUACGAUGCCUAGUCUCUCCAGAGAGGACCGGAAACUCGUGGAGGAGCAAUUGCAGAAGGAAGCGGAAGUUCGGUUGAGGGUUGCUACCAUCAAAGCGGAAGCGGAACGUGGCCUGGGCCUACUUCAAAGUCUUCUUCGUGCACGCACGGAGGAUCUUCAGCCUCUCGUAUGGCCAAUGUGUAAGCUGCUGCUGGAUGGUGCCCUCCUGUCACCUCUAUCAUUGUCGGCUGCCUUCGACGUUUACCUGGCCAUUGGUUCCUCCUGUUCGCGGAACUUGGGGAUAUACCGCACAUUAACAGGGAUAUCUUGCCUGCGAAGCUUUUCGGUUUCUGCAGUCCCCAAGGGUUUCCUUGAAGAACCUUUGGCAGAACUCACCCUUCGAGUCCUCUACCACAUGCACUCGGUGUCGUCGGAUUCCCCGCUUAAUGCCUUCGACUUCGCAUACUUGUUCCCACUCCUUUUAUGCGUUCUCGAGCACGGUGGCGUAGGCCAACCCGAAGAGGAAGCUGGCGCCGAGCAAAUUACUCUUGCUCUAGAAAUCAUUGAGCGUCACAUUGUGGAGCUUGCCGACCCAACAUAUCCUCGAUAUGAGACUCUUGAACUACUGCUCAAUUCCAUUGCUCGCUACCCUAAAGUUUCUAAUACCACGGCCUCAUGCCUAGUGAUUCUCAGCCACGGUCUAAAUCAAAGCGCUACGGAAGCUGAAACUCAGCUUCUGUUACAAGGCACCCUAGCUCAAGAAUCCUUUGUUCGAUCCGCUUGUCUGCAAGCCUUACAGCCAUUUGAUCUCACAGAUAAGGAUUGGUGUCCUGAAAUAUGGGUUGCGUGCCACGAUGAUGAUCAGCCGAACGCCCGACUUGCUUACGACAUUUGGGAGGACAACGGGAUGGACGUAAAGAAUCCGUACGGCGCCGACUUGCUUCCGCUACUUGGAAGUGGAAAGGGCUAUGUCCGAGCAAGUGCUUCUCGUGCGAUCGCCUCUGCUGCUUCGCACUUCCCAUCAUCCGUACCAAGCUUGCUUGCAGAUCUUAAAAGUUCAUAUCGUGAUAUGGCAAAGAUUCUUGCCCCUGAGUUUGACGCCUACGGUAUGCUUAUUGAGCGGAGCCUAGAGCAGUCAGAUCCAUGGCCGACACGUGAAGCUAUUUCCUGGACUUUCGAGCAAUUGGCUCAGGUUCUACCGAGUGACGAACUGCUUCCCUUCUUUGAGUUUCUCAUCCGAGAGGAAGCUCUGGGUGACCGGCAUGCCAGCGUCAGGCGCCGCAUGUUGGAAGCUGGGGUCGCUGUUAUUGAUAUGCGUGGCCAAGAGAAACUCCAAGAACUUCUUGCUGAAUUCGAAAACCAGCUGCCUGCAACAUACUCGUCAACCGAAAUAGCCGAUUGGGUCCGGGAGGCUUUAGUUAUUUUACUCGGGCGACUAGCUCAACAUCUUGACAUGGGAGACCCACGUAGGCAGUCAAUAGUGGCGAGGCUCAUUGAUGCGCUGAGGACGCCAUCUGAACUUGUCCAAGCUGCCGUCGCCGAAUGUUUAUCGCCGCUGGCGGCCCCGCUACAGGACAAGGCGAGCCUUCUGAUGGACGAAUUGUUUCAAACUCUUACGACGGCAUCGAAAUAUGCGGAACGUCGAGGUGCGGCAUAUGGUCUGGGGGGUAUCUUGAAAGGUUGGGGGGUAGUUGGCUUUAAAGAGUUUCGUGUGAUGGCAUCUCUCCGUUCUGCCCUGGGGAAUAAGAAGAACUUUGAGGCUCGACAGGGUGCACUUUUCGCCAUCGAGACCAUGUCCGCGCUCCUUGGGCGCUUGUUUGAGCCGUACGUCAUGGAAAUAUUGCCCCUUCUACUUGCUGCGUACGGCGAUACAACAGUAGAUGUGCGCGAAGCCGCUCAAGAUGCAUCCAAAGUUAUUAUGGCAAAUUUGUCUGGGUAUGGUGUCAAAUCUGUCCUGCCAUCCCUCCUGGAAACUCUAGAAGAAAAGCAAUGGAGGACAAAGAAAGGUGCAAUAGAGCUUUUGGGAUCUAUGGCUUUCUUAGCCCCCCGACAACUCUCCAUUUCACUCCCAAUCGUCAUUCCUCGGCUUACUGGCGUGCUGACCGAUUCUCACACACAAGUGAAGACGGCAGCCAACUCAAGUUUGAAACGGUUUGGUGAAGUGAUAACCAAUCCCGAAGUGCGAUCCAUAGUCCCGACCCUGUUGAAAGCCUUGGUAGACCCAGAGAAAACUUCAACAGCUCUCAACGCACUUCUCAAAAAGUCAUUUGUGCAUUAUAUUGAUUCAGCCUCUCUGGCCUUGUUAAUUCCGAUCCUGGAGCGGGGCAUGCGCGAACGAGGGUCCGAAACGAAACGUAAAGCCGCCCAAAUUGUUGGAAAUAUGGCAUCUUUGACGGAUUCGAAGGACUUCAUCCCAUAUUUGCCCCGUCUGGUUCCUCUGGUCCACACAGUUCUCACAGACCCUGUUCCUGAAUCUCGAGCCACUGCAGCCAAAGCUCUGGGUACCCUCAUCGAACGCCUUGGAGAAGUUAGCUUCCCAGACAUGGUGUCGAACCUUCUUCAUACGCUGAAGACGGACACAUCCGCCGUCGACCGCCAAGGCGCCGCCCAAGGCCUGAGUGAGGUUUUGUCAGGUCUCGGAGUGGAACGGAUGGAGGGCCUCCUCCCUGAAAUUGUCACGAAUGCGAGAAGUGCUCGCUCUCACGUCAGAGAAGGGUUCAUGUCCCUGCUUGUGUUCCUCCCCACCACGUUCGGCCACAGGUUCAGUCCACAUCUCUCUCGCAUCAUUCCGCCCAUUUUGAACGGCUUAGCGGAUGGUGAGGAGUUCGUACGGACAGCGUCAAUGAAAGCUGGACGAAUGAUUAUCAACAACUAUAGCAAUAAAGCGAUCGAUCUUCUACUUCCGGAACUGGAGCGUGGUAUGUUUGAUUCAAGUUGGCGGAUUCGGCAUUCGUCCGUCGCCCUAGUUGGGGAAACUCUAUACAAGAUAUCGGGGAUCAGCAGGAAGACUGAGAUUGAAGAGGAUGGCGAAGCUGACGUUGUGGUUGCAGAAGGUUCCCGCAAGGCACUGGCCGAUGUGCUCGGGAAAGACCGUAGGGAUCGAAUUCUAGGAUCUUUGUACAUUGUCAGGCAGGAUCCCGUACAUGCCUGCCGACAGGCAGCAAUCCAUAUCUGGAAGGCUUUGGUGCACAAUACUCCUCGAACAGUCAGGGAAAUUUUGCCCUGUCUAAUGGAGCAGAUCGUGGUACUGCUCGCAAACCAGGGUGAUGAGCAGCGCGAGACAGCAGCAAGAACGCUGGGUGAACUUUGUCGGAAGCAAGGAGAAAGGAUCCUUAGUGACACUGUUCCGAUUCUUCGAGCUGGUGCCGAGUCUAGCGAUAGCAAGACACGUGAGGGGGUUUGCUUUGCCAUCAGCGAAGUACUGGAGAACACGACGAAGGGCCAACGAGAGAAUCAUGAGGACGAACUCAUUAGCGCUGUUCGCAUCAGUCUUGUGGACAAUUCUGCUUCUGUUAGAAUAGCCGCUGCGCAGGCAUUUGAUUCCUUGCAGGAGCACGUUGGUUCGCGUGCCAUUGAUCAGACUAUUCCUACUUUGCUGGAAGCCCUACGAUCCCCUGGUGCUGCCUCAGAUACUGCGCUUCAAGCAUUACGGGAAAUUAUGACGGUCCGGGCAUCAACCGUCUUCCCAGUCUUGAUACCCACUCUCAUUACCCAACCAAUAUCGGCGUUUAAUGCGGAUGCUCUUGCAGUGCUAGUGACGGUUGCAGGGUCUGCGUUAACUCAGAGGCUGACGCAAGUUCUUGGCGCGUUGGUAGCAGCUGCUGAGAAUGAAACGGAUGAAAAAACCAAAGACGCUGUGGAAGCAGCUAUCGUCUCCCUUGUUGGAUCAGUCGAAGACCUCGAAGGUCUCCACUCUUUGAUGAUGACAUUGCUUUCGUGGGCAAAACAUGAGAAUCCGCGGCGUCGUGUCAGUGGAGCCUUAACGUUUGCUAAGUUCUGCGAGAAUACCAGCCUUGAUUUCUCGGAGUAUCGUGCUGAUUGGAUCAGACAGUUGGUCUCUCUCAUGGAUGACCAUGAGAUCCCUGUGCACGAGGCUGCUUGGCAAGCGUUCGAUGAGUUCAUUAAAUCUGUUGAUAAGACCGAGAUGGAAUUGCUUGUCGUCACCUUAAGGCGUACUAUCGAAGGAACAGGUGCGCCAGGUCGGGUUGUUCCCGGCUUCAGCUACAGUAAAGGCGUGGGUCCCAUGCUCCCAGUCAUAUUUGCUGGGCUCACGACCGGAAGCAAUGAACAGCGAGAACAAGCCGCUCUUGCGAUUGCAGAUCUGGUCGAGAGGACUGAUGAUGCCGCAUUGCGACCAUAUACCACCCAGAUCACAGGGCCGCUCAUCCGAGUUAUUACUCAGGCCUCUGCGCUGCCAGCAGGAGUCAAGAGUGCGAUAUUAAUAGCACUCGCGAAAAUGCUGGAACGCAUUCCGAUAUUUAUCAAACCUUUCUUCCCACAGUUGCAACGAACGUUUGUCAAAUCGCUGACGGAUGCGAGCCUUGCAGUACGUUCGCGAGCGGUGGCAGCACUCACAGUUUUGAUGCGCAAUCAACCGCGCGCUGAUCCCCUCAUCGCGGAGCUGAUCGGCUCAAUACGUUCAAGUGGGGAGGAUGGCAUAGCAGGAAGUUUGGCCUCCGCUCUAGCUGGUGUAGUAGAUAGCGCAUGGAUAAACAUUAGUCCCACAAGUCUGGAGAAUCUCCGAGAACUUGUCAUUGAUUCAUAUCGUGACCCGCACGACGAACCAUACUAUAUUGGAAUUGCAGAACUCUUUGCAGCACUUAGCCGGGACGCUGCCCUUGUUCGUCCUGCCCUUGAGUGAGUGUAGAAACUUGUUCCAGUGUCACUUUUCGAACUGCUAGAUCUUCUAGCCAGCAUAUUCUCGGUGCGGCACCCCCACACAUACUCACGUCCCAAAUCCUACUACACACUGUUUCAUCCCAUCCUGAGGUCUUUUUCACCCUGAGGAAUAUGUCCACGUUGGUGAAGAAGAUGCAAGCUAGCAUUGGAUCUGAUCAGCCAUCUGUCGCCCGACCGGCCCGCGAGAUCAGAGAUAUAUUGCGGAACCAGCCACCAUGGGUGGGCGACAAAAGCGUCCAAGCAAUGUUUUAAUGGAUGGCAUUCUCAUAUCCCGGAUGAUUGGAACACACUCUCAAGCUAAGAAUAAAAUAAAAUAAACAUAUGAUAGAUGAAUUCAAAAAUCUGAGAUAAAAAAA